UGUGUCAUGGCGGCCUCCGCUCUGGCGCUGGCCUGGGGGUCCCUCCGCCUUGGCCCGGGUUGCUGUCUUCGGGGCCGCGCACCCCUUGGUCUGAGCGCCCCUAGGAAGGGGUUCCCGGCGCCUGUGGUACUAGGGCGAAGAGCGACCGCGUCCAGCCGGACAGAGAUCUCCGGUAAUGACCGAUACUGUAUGGAGUUGCUCCGGAAAAGAGACUAUGAAGGAUAUUUAUGUUGCCUAUUACUGCCUGCUGAAGCCCGAAGCUCUGCUUUUGCUUUGAGAGCCUUCAAUGUGGAACUGGCUCAGGUUAAAGACUCAAUCUCUCAGAAAACAAUUGGUCAAAUGCGAAUGCAGUUUUGGAGGAAAGCUGUGGAAGAUAUGUAUUCUGACAAUCCACCCCAUCAGCCAGUGGCCAUUGAAUUAUGGAAGGCAGUCAAGAGGCAUAAUCUAACUAAAAGAUGGCUUUUGAAAAUAAUUGAUGAAAGAGAAAAAAAUUUGGAUGACAAAGCAUAUCGAAACAUCCAAGAACUAGAAGCAUAUGCUGAAAACACACAAAGUUCUCUUCUUUACUUGACUCUAGAAGUAUUGGGUGUGAGGAACCUCCAUGCAGACCAUGCUGCAAGUCAUAUUGGGAAAGCACAAGGCAUCAUUACCUGCUUGAGAGCAACUCCCUAUCAUAGUAGUAGACGAAAAGUAUUUCUUCCCAUGGAUAUUUGCAUGCUGCAUAGUGUUUCACAAGAAGAUUUUUUACGUAAGAGCCAAGAUAAAAAUGUGAGGGAUGUAAUUUAUGACAUUGCUAGCCAAGGACAUCUUCAUUUAAAACAUGCCAGAUCCUUCCAGAAGAGUGUUCCUAUGAAAGCAUUUCCUGCUUUUUUUCAGACAGUAAGUAGAACUAGCACGUGGUUCCAGAUUUUCUAUGAGGAAAUUGUAACAUAAUGCACAAUAACAUUCUAGUCAUUUCACAGAUUAUGUUUUGAGGUUGCAUUAGAGGACUACUUGGAAAAAAUUCAAAAAGUGGAUUUUGAUGUAUUCCACCCACGAUUACAGCAGAAGAAUCCUUUAUUAGCACUGCAUCUCUAUAUUCAGUCUUGGAAAAAAACAUAUUAAAAUCAAUUUUUAGUAAUGA